AUGGCCAGCGAUAUCGAGGAGACGGAGAGACUCUGCCAACUUCCCGGUCAAGAAUGUCAGACAAACCGUCGUGAUACGAGACUACGCCACCAGGCAACGAUCAAAGGCAACGGUUCGACAUCAGUUGCCAAUUUUGCCAGCCAAUAUUCGGAUGAAAAAGACGACGUGCCGACGAAAAGACGAAAUGGAGACCAUGACUCAGACAAGGACUACGAGGAAGAAUGUUCAGACACACGCUCAGCGGAAGCUCAGAACGACAAUCUGACCCUCAAAAACAAGCGUAGGAACCUCCCAGCCAGUCUUGAAACUGCCCGCAAGAGAGUCAGAUCACUUGAGGAAAAUCUGGACGAAUCAAACAGGGAGAAAGAGGCUUUGAGAGUGCAGGUGCAGAAUCUCAAUUCUCAUCUCAAAAGCGAAAGAGGAAAGAACGAGAAUCUCAAUUCUCAACUCAAAAAAGCAAGAGAAAAGAACGAGAAUCUCAAUUCUCAACUCAAAAAAGCAAAAGAAAAGAACGAGAAUCUCAAUUCUCAACUCAAAAAAGCAAGAGAAAAGAUCGACACGCUCGAGGGGAAUCUUCGAGAGAUCUGCAGUGAAAAACUCGACCUAGUCGGCGCCGAUGACAAUGACAUGAAGGUAAUUCCCGAUGAUGUUGUCAGCAGCGAUUUAGAUCGGAUUUUCCAAGAAACCAGACUCUUUUCGUACAAGUGGUCCUUCAAAGCAUGGAGAGAAGCAAGCGAGCAGCAGCACCAGAAAGCUGUGACUUACCUUACAGCCAAUUCUGCCCAGCCGUUUGCCUCGGAGCGCUGCGUGCAGGCUGUUGAGCAGAAGGAAAUUCGUCCAAAGACCAUCGUUCAUGCCCUAGUCAACCAGUUUGUCUGCGAGAACACGUUCCAACGACCAUUUGCAAACCUCAAGGGACUCUUGGCUAAUGGCUCAACGAUGAAUGUGGAAAAGGCGAUGGGUUCAUUCAUACGACUGGCCGAGCUAGGGUCCAUGGAAUCGUCAAAUCUGGCCCGGGUGAGCAUCCUCCGUGCUCUCGAGCCACCACGAGUGUCCGGGCCUGAGCAGCUGGCCCAGUCGGAACUAUUCCAACAUAGAAAGCAGGUACGCGAAAAACAUUGUCAGACUACCUGCGAUAGAUUCUUUCCGACAUACGGGGCUCUCCUCAAACCUGUCGAUGAACAGGAUCGACAAACCCGCAGAGCCGAAUUUCUCCAGCUUGUCACAGACGCCUUUGAACUGUCUUCCCAGUUGGCACUCCAUCACCCUGUCGUCCAAGCAUUCUUUCUUAACGAGAUGCCAGACCCUUUAUUUGAGGUCAAGCAUGAGCAUUUCGACCCCCACCGUGGAAUGAAAUUGAAAGAAGACGACGAUGACGAUGAUGGGCGCGACCCGAAACUGAUCGGCAUUGACGGACAAGCCAUAGACUUGGUGAUCGAACCCAUGGUUAGGAGAUGUGGAGAUAACAGUGGGAGACACUACGACAGGAUCAAAGUGUUGCAUAAAGGCGUGGUCUGGGUGGUUGCGGAUGAGGAUUUGGGCCUGACAACUCAGGAAAUUCCAAAACAAUCGGAGCCAGUUCCAACCGCAGCCCCAGCCAGAGCACAUGCGACCUCUGCCACGGAGCAGCCUCCAGACAGCAGCCCAGCCCAGCACCAGGCUAGACUCCUUGACCCGUUCAUACAGUCUCCUUCGACCAAUGUUCGACCGGCCACCCCAGGAGUGCCAGCACAAAAGGAAAAUCAUAUGUCACUCAUCUGCGCACCCGACCUCAAUUUUAAGCCCGGUCGAUCCCGACUUAGCCCGUUGGAAAGUCAGGCGGAAGCAAAACGUGAGCGAUGUGCUAUCAAAUCUGAGAAUAUGAACGGAGAGGGUCCCUCCAUCUCGCCUUCUCCGAGUUCCUGGACUCACGACAGCGCGCCGACUACGCAUCCUCCCUCAUCCCCGAGUCUUGUUUUGCCAUAUUGGAUGGGCGAAGUUGAUAAGUCUUUCGAGGGGCUAGAAAAGCGCAAGGGCUUAGGCAUACAGGAAGAGUGUCCAGAGCAGCAGAAGGGAGAGAUGUCCAAGAGUUUUACUUGGCCUCCAACACAGCAUUCGGAGAAAAAGCGCAAGAACAAGGGUUCGGGUCCUGAAGAGCCCCCUCCCAAAGACGAUGCGGGGAGUGAACCAUCGACUCGCAAGAAAGCGGUAAGCAUGUUGUCUCACGGCCCACAAGGUGGUUUUGAAUUCUAA